AUGAUUGAGUAAUUGGGGCUUAAAGCCUUAAUGGGUAAAACUAAAUACAAAAACAAAAUUAAAUAAAUAGUUUAGUCUCCUCAAUAAAAAUUACAAUCUUAAUCCUAAAUUUUAACUCAAUCUCCUUAACCUAUCAGAAAUAGAUUUGCUUCUAAUUUUCAUUUUGAGCCCAUACAAUAUUCUCCAAUUUAGCAGAACCAUCACAACAGCCAAAGUACGAGUAGUAGUACAAAAAAUUUGUAUAACGUAAUAAUAAUAGUAAUAGAAUCAAUAGCAAUUUUAGAAAAUACAGUGUCAAUAAUGAAGUUAAAAGAGAAGUAAAUAAAUGUAUAUAUGAAUGUGAUUCCUUAAUUCAUAAUUAUAAAGAUGUUGAUAAGUAUUAAUCUAUUGUAAUAAUAUUCGUAGAAAGUUAAAACAACCAUAGAAAAGCCGUUUAGAUAUUUUUAUUGAAAAAUAGAGAAAAGAAGCAUUAGAAGAACUAAUCUUUAUCGAAAGAAAUAAACCUAAAAACAUAUAUUGA